AUAAAUGAAGAAAGCAUAAGAUUGGCAUGUUGUUAAUAUUGCUGCUUACGUCUUUACUUGGCUCAGUGUUUUUGCUUUGAAGAAAACCUCUUUACGAGACAGUAAAGCGAUGUAAUGUCCAAGUCCAUGUAUGCAAAUAGAGUGAGUUGCAUUCAAUUAGUGUUGGAUUACAAAAAAAAAAAAAAAAAAAAACAAUUUAGUAAAGUCACAGAAACAUCAGAUGUUUACCAUGUGCUGAGUUACAGUAAUGUUAUCUAGAUCUCUAGCCUAAUGAACUAGAAGGCAGAGUCACCUGCGCACAGCUGCAGCUUCUCCAGACACCAGUAAUGGCGCACAUAGGAAGGCUGUCAUCCAAAAGCUCAGUGCUCUUCCUGUGUGAUAUGCAAGAGAAGUUCAGACCAACGAUUUUCCAGUUCUCCAAUAUUGCUUGUCGGAUCCUGGGUAUUCCCCCAAUCUUGACUGAGCAGUACCCUAAAGGCCUGGGUCCAACUGUGUCCGACUUAGGCGCAGAGGACCUGAAGCCCCACACUAAAACCCGCUUCUCCAUGCUAACAGAGAGCGUAGAGAAUGAGCUAAAAAGCCUGGGGAGCCCCAAGCAGGCCAUACUGUGUGGCAUUGAGGCCCAAGCUUGCAUUGCUUGUACAACAUACGAUCUUCUGGACAGAGGUAUGGAGGUGCAUAUCGUCGCAGAUGCUGUCUCAUCUCGGAGUCAGACAGACCGGCUGUUUGCCCUCUCACGCCUAAAGCAGAGUGGAGCUUUUCUCACCACCACAGAGGGCGUAAUGCUGCAACUUGUACAGGAUGCCAAGCAUCCCAACUUUAAGGAGAUCCAGAAGCUUUUAGCACAUCCUUCUCCAGAUACCAGUCUCAUCAACUUUUUCAGCUCACUGUAGGAGGAAGCACACUACACCAUCAACAGACGUCUCAUAGAAGAAGACGGCAGUUUCACUCGUCACUGAAUUAUUUAGAUUUUGAUCAGAUUUAAAAUGAUGAUUAUUUUCUUUGUUUAAUCUUUCUCAUAGGAGUUAGAGAAUGUUUUGUGUAUGCAUUGUUGAUAAUACAUGAAUAAAUGAAGAUGGUCCAUACAGA